AUGUACACAUGCACCAACGUGUACACGUACACACACAUACAUACACGCACACGUACACACCAGGAUGGAUCAUCUCUUUAUUUUUCCCGGGCAUGUGGCCAGGAAGUGUAUAUCUGUGUGACCAUACAUAUCUGUGUGACCAUACACAUCUGUGUGACCAUGCAUAUCUGUGUGACCAUACAUACCUGCUUGCCGAUAGCGCGACGAAGUGUAUAUCUGUGUGACCAUACAUAUCUGUGUGACCAUACACAUCUGUGUGACCAUGCAUAUCUGUGUGACCAUACAUACCUAGGCAGGCGGCUGGCAGAGGUUAAGGCCUGA